GUCAUUGCAAGUGUUUUGAGGAACUUGUCCUGGCGAGCAGAUGUAAACAGUAAAAAGACUCUACGGGAAGUUGGAAGUGUGAAAGCAUUGGUGGAAUGUGCUUUAGAAGUUAAGAAGGAAUCCACCCUAAAAAGCGUUUUGAGUGCAUUAUGGAAUUUGUCAGCACACUGUACUGAGAACAAAGGUGAUAUAUGUGCUGUUGAUGGUGCUCUUGCAUUUCUAGUUGGCACACUGACAUACCGGAGCCAAACAAACACUUUAGCCAUCAUAGAAAGUGGAGGAGGAAUAUUAAGAAAUGUUUCUAGCUUAAUUGCUACUAAUGAGGACCACAGGCAAAUCUUGCGAGAGAACAACUGCUUACAAACAUUGUUACAGCAUUUGAAGUCACAUAGUUUGACAAUAGUCAGUAAUGCAUGUGGGACCCUGUGGAAUCUUUCUGCACGAAAUGCAAAAGAUCAGGAGGCACUGUGGGAUAUGGGAGCAGUGAGCAUGCUCAAAAAUCUCAUUCACUCAAAACACAAAAUGAUAGCAAUGGGCAGUGCUGCAGCUCUAAGAAACCUGAUGGCAAAUAGGCCAGCAAAAUAUAAGGAUGCCAACAUUAUGUCUCCAGGAUCAAGCUUACCAUCUCUUCAUGUUAGAAAACAAAAGGCACUGGAAGCAGAAUUAGAUGCUCAACAUUUAUCAGAGACUUUUGAAAACAUAGAUAAUUUAAGCCCAAAAGCAUCUCACCAUAAUAAGCAGAGACAUAAGCAAGAUAUAUACAAUGAUUAUGUUUUGGAUUCCAGUCGACAUGAUGAUGGGAUUUGUGGAUCAGAGAGUUUUAAUACUGGUCAUAUGACUGUACUUUCACUAUAUUUAAAUGCUACAGUAUUGCCUGGCUCCUCUUCCUCUAGUAGAGGAAAUAUAGAAAACUCUCGAUCUGAGAAAGACAGAAGUCUCUAUAGGGAUGGAGCAGUAGGUUUAAAUAGCUAUCAUCCAGCUACAGAGAACACUGGGAACUCCUCUAAGAGAAUAGGAAUGCAAAUUACUGCUGCAGCUCAGAUUGCCAAAGUUAUGGAGGAAGUAACAAGCAUGCAUAUUCCACAAGAAGACAGAAGUUCUUGUUCCACUUCUGAAAUGCACUGUUUGACAGAAGACAGAAAUGUCCCAAGAAGAACAGCUGCUGCCCAUACUCACUCAAAUACAUACUUUCCCAAAUCUGAAAAUUCAAACAGGACAUGUCCUCAGCUUUAUACAAAAAUGGAAUACAAGAGAGCUUCAAAUGAUAGUUUAAAUAGUGUCGGCAGCAGUGAUGGCUAUGGUAAAAGAGGCCAAAUGAAACCUUCCAUUGAAUCUUACUCGGAAGAUGAUGAAAGUAAAUUUUGUAGUUAUGGUCAAUACCCAGCUGACUUGGCACAUAAGAUACAUAGUGCAAAUCAUAUGGAUGACAAUGUUGAAGAGCUAGACACUCCUAUUAAUUAUAGUCUUAAAUAUUCAGAUGAACAGUUAAAUUCUGGAAGGCAAAGUCCCCCUCAGAAUGAAAGAUGGGCAAGGCCUAAGCAUAUAACAGAUGAUGAAAUAAAACAAAAUGAACAAAGGCAGUUAAGGAGCCAAAAUGCAACUUAUUCCAUGUACACUGAAAGUGGAGAUAAGUGCAUGAAAUAUCAGUCACCUUUUGGACAGCAAGGGUGUGUUUCUUCUUUUAGAUCAAGAGGAUCCAGUGGUUCAGAGCAGAGCAGAGUAGGCUCAACUCUUGGAAUGAAUCAGAAAGUAAACCAGUCCUUGUGCCAGGUUCAUGAUUAUGACAAUGAUAAGCCAACCAACUAUAGCGAACGCUACUCUGAGGAGGAACAACACAAAGAGGAAGAAGACAGACCAACCAAUUAUAGCAUAAAGUACAAUGAAGAAGAACAUCAUGUUGAUCAGCCUAUUGAUUAUAGUCUAAAAUAUUCAACAGAAGUUCCUCCCUCUUCUCAGAAUCCAUCUUUUACUUUAUCAAACAGUUCAUCAGUGCAAAGCACUAAAAAUGACCAUAUUUCCUCAAGCUGUGGGAACAUAUCAACCCCUUCAGGUAGUUCAGAGAGACAGAAUCAGCUUCACCCAAGUUCUGCACAGAGUAGAAGCAGUAAUGCUCAAAAGACUGCCUCCUGUAAGACUCCCUCUAUUAAUCAGGAAACUAUACAAACUUACUGUGUGGAAGAUACACCAAUAUGUUUUUCAAGGUGUAGCUCUUUGUCAUCUUUGUCAUCAGCUGAAGAUGAAAUAGGACGUGAUCAGUCCACACAUGUGACAGAUGCUAAUAACACAUUACAAAUAGCAAAACUAAAGGAAAACAAUGGGAUUCUGUCUACAGAAGGUGCAGUAAGUGAAGUUGCAUUAGCAUCUCAGCACAUCAGAACAAAAUCUAGUAGACUUCAGACUCCUAGUUUAUCUCCUUCUGACUCGUCUAGACAUAAAGCUGUUGAAUUUUCUUCAGGUGCCAAAUCUCCCUCAAAGAGUGGUGCGCAUACUCCUAAAAGUCCACCAGAACAUUACAUGCAGGAGACUCCACUCAUGUUUAGCAGAUGUACUUCUGUAAGUUCCCUGGAUAGUUUUGAAAGCCAUUCAAUUGCUAGUUCAGUUCAAAGUGAGCCUUGCAGUGGAAUGGUGAGUGGUAUUAUAAGUCCCAGUGAUCUUCCAGACAGCCCUGGACAAACAACGCCUCCAAACAGAAGUAAGACUCCACCCCCUGCUCAAGGAGCUCAAGUAAAGAGGGAAGUAGCUAAAGGCAAAGUACCUAAUGCAGAAAAGAGAGAGUCUGGUCCUAGACAGGUAGCUAUAAAUGAAGUUGUUCAAAGAGUUCAGGUACUGCCAGAUGCUGAUACAUUAUUACAUUUUGCCACAGAAAGUACCCCAGAUGGAUUUUCUUGCUCUUCUAGCCUAAGUGGUCUGAGUCUUGAUGAACCGUUUAUACAGAAAGAUGUAGAGUUAAGAAUAAUGCCUCCUGUACAUGAAAAUGAACAUGAUAAUGAAGCAGAACCUGAACAGCCAGAUGAUACAAAGGAUAACCAAGAAAAGAAAGCAGAGAAGUCUACUGAAGCAGAAAAAGACAUUAUGGAUGAUUCCGAUGAUGAUGAUAUUGAAAUAUUGGAAGAAUGUAUUAUUUCUGCAAUGCCAACAAAAUCUUCAUGUAAAGCCAAAAAGCCUUCUCAAGCAUCUGCUUCAAAAAUACCUCCUCCUGUAACCAGAAAGCCAAGCCAACUGCCAGUUUACAAACUUUUGCCUUCACAAACUGGAUUGCAAUCCCAAAAGCGUGUGAGUUUUACACCUGGAGAUGAUAUGCCACAGGUAUAUUUUGUUGAGGAUACACCAAUAAAUUUUUCAACAGCUACAUCUUUGAGUGACCUCACAAUAGAAUCACUACCAAAUGAGUUGGCUGAUGUAAAGAAUGUGGGUACAAGGGCAGAGUCAGAGGAGUUUGAAAAGAGAGACACCAUUCCUACAGAAGGUAUAAGUACAGAUGACUCUGAGAGAGCAAAAAGCUCAACUAGGAUUGCCCCAGGACUGGAUGAUGUCAAAACAGAAGAGGGUGAUAUUCUGGCCGAAUGUAUUAACUCAGCUAUGCCAAAAGGAAAAAGUCACAAACCUUUCAGAGUGAAGAAGAUAAUGGAUCAAAUUCAACAAGCAUCUUUAAGUAACAAAAAUCAGUCAGAAUGUGACAAAAAGAGGCCAACAUCAGUAAAGCCCAUUCCCCAAAAUAAUGAAUAUAGAGCACAUAUAACAAAAAACACAGAGACUAAAAGCUAUAUUAAUAAUGAAAGAAGCUAUUCAGAGAACAUAGACACAAAGAAACAGAAUCUUAAAAAUAAUUCAAGAUAUUUUAAUGACAAACUUCCAAAUAAUGAAGAGCGUGUAAAAGGAAGCUUUGCAUUUGAUUCCCCUCAUCAUUACACACCUAUUGAGGGAACUCCUUAUUGUUUUUCACGGAAUGAUUCUCUAAGUUCUUUAGAUUUUGAUGAUGACGAUGUUAACCUUUCAAGAGAGAAGGCAGAAUUGCAAAAAGGAAAAGCAAAGGAAAGAGAAACUGAAGACUGCACUAGUACAGAACAGUCUUCAAAACAGCAACCAAGUAAUAGGACACAAGUUUGUCAAAAAUACCCAACAGGCAGAAGCCAACCUAAAACUUUCUCUCAGUCAACUAAAGAUAUUCCAGACAGAGGAGCAGCUACAGAUGAGAAAAUGCAGAAUUUUGCUAUCGAAAACACACCUGUAUGUUUUUCUCAGAAUUCAUCUCUUAGUUCCCUCAGUGAUAUUAAUCAAGAAGACAACAACAAAGAAAGUGAACCUGCAAAACAAACUGAGGCUUCUGAUUCACAGCUAGAAUCAAAUAGACCACAGACUUCUGGUUAUGCACCUAAAUCAUUUCAUGUUGAAGAUACUCCUGUAUGUUUCUCUAGAAACAGCUCUCUCAGUUCUAAAAAACCCUCAAACGUAAAGAGUGAAAGUGAAAAAAAUAAUUACAGAAAUAUGGGUGAUAUAUUGGCAGAAGAUUUAACACUGGAUUUGAGAGAGAUACAGAGGCCAGAUUCAGAACAUGGUUUCUCACCUGAUUCAGAGAACUUUGAUUGGAAAGCUAUACAAGAAGGUGCAAAUUCUAUAGUUAGUAGCUUGCAUCAAGCUGCAGCUGCUGCAUCACUGACUAGACAAGCUUCAUCAGACUCUGACUCUAUCCUUUCAUUAAAAUCUGGUAUUUCUCUAGGGUCACCAUUUCGUCUUACCCCAGACCAAGAAGAAAAACCUUUUACUAGUAAUAAAGGUCCAAGAAUUCUUAAGCCAGGGGAAAAGAGUACAUCGGAGUCUAAAAAAGUAGAAUCUGAAAAUAAGGGAAUCAAAGGAGGAAAAAAAGUAUAUAAAAGUAUAAUUACAGGAAAAGCUUGCUCCAACUCAGAAGUUUCAAGCCAGUUAAAGCAAUCACAGCAAACAAGUAUGACUUCAAUUUCACGUGGUAGGACAAUGAUUCAUAUUCCAGGAGUUCGAAAUAGUUCCUCAAGUACUAGUCCUGUUUCCAAAAAAGGUCCUCCACCAAAAAAUACAAACUCCAAGAGUCCCAGUGAAGGCCAAAGUUCCCUUAGUUCUCCAAGAGGAGUCAAGUCAUCAGUGAAACCUGAAUCAGCUCCUGUAACUAGGCAACCAUCUCAACAGAGUGGAUCAAGUAAAGGACCUUCUAGAUCUGGAUCUAGAGACUCCACUCCUCCUAGACCUCAACAGCAACCAUUAAGCAGGCCUCUGCAAUCUCCAGGCCGACACUCAAUUUCCCCAGGAAGAAAUGGUAUAAGUCCUCCCAACAAACUGUCUCAGUUGCCAAGGACAUCAUCUCCUAGUACAGCUUCAACUAAAUCUUCAAGUUCAGGAAGAAUGUUAUAUACAGCACCAGGCAGGCAGAUGAGCCAUCAAAACCUUACAAAGCAAACUGCCUUACCUAAGAGUACCAGUGGCGUUCCCAGAAGUGAGUCUGCUUCAAAAGGAUUAAACCAAAUUCUCAGUAGUGGUGGAUCAAAAAAAAAGGCUGAACUAUUCAGAAGUGAAUCUGACAGAUCUGAAAGACCUGUUCUGGUUCGUCAGUCAACUUUUAUUAAAGAAGCUUCAAGUCCAACUCUAAGACAGAAAUUAGAAGAGUCUGCUUCAUUUGAAUCUCUGUCUCCUUACAGGCCAGGCUCUCCCACUAGGUCCCAAAUACAGACUCCAGUUUUAAGUCCAUCUCUUCACAAUUUGUCUUUAUCCGUUCAUUUAACUGCCCAGACUAGUGGUUGGCAAAAUUUACCCCCUAAUCUGAGUCCUUCUGUAGAAUAUGAUGGGAGACUAGCAAAACAUCAUGACAUAGCUCGUUCUCAUUCUGAGAGUCCAUCUAGAUUGCCAAUCAAUAGAUCAGGAACAUGGAAGCGUGAACAUAGUAAGCAUUCCUCAUCUCUUCCUCGUGUAAGCACUUGGCGAAGAACUGGAAGUUCUUCCUCAGUUCUGUCGGCUUCUUCAGAAUCCAGUGAAAAGGCAAAAAGCGAAGAUGAAAAGCAACAUGGAAGUUCUGUUUCUAGACACAAACAAAGCAAAGAAAGUCAAGCACCAGCAAAAGAUACUUGGAGAAAAACAAAAGAAAAUGAAAUUCCUCAAAUAAUGAAUGUUCCUCAGUAUUCUUCCUCAGGUGCAACAAAUUACUCUGAUUCCAAAACUCUAAUUUAUCAGAUGGCACCAGCUGUCUCUAAGAUAGAGGAUGUGUGGGUGAGGAUAGAGGACUGUCCUAUUAAUAAACCUCGAUCUGGAAGAUCCCCAGCUGGAAAUACUCCCCCUGUUAUUGACAAUGUUUCAGAGAAAGGGACUGUGAAUGAUAAAGACUCUAAAGAGAUUAAUGAAAAACAAAAUCCAGGGAAUGGGAAUGUUCCCGUUCAUACCAUUGUUUUAGAAAAUUGUCCAAACUCUUUCUUUCAGAUAGACAGUCUAGACAAGAAAGGAACAGAAGCAAAACCUGUACAGAAUAAUCCUGUUCCUGCACCAGAAAAUAAUGAAAGUACUGUUAGUGAGCAUACACUAUUCAGUUCCAGUAGCUCAAGCAAACAUAAUUCCCCCAGUGGUACUGUUGCAGCAAGAGUGACUCCUUUCAACUACAGUCCAAGUCCCAGGAAGAGUAGUGUGGACAACAGUUCUGCUCGACCAUCACAAAUACCAACACCAGUAAAUAACAGCACAAAGAAACGUGACUCAAAGACUGAAAAUAAAGACUCCAGCGGAACUCAGGGUCCUAAACGUCAUUCUGGCUCUUACCUAGUGACUUCUGUUUAA